UUCCGGUUGAUGUUAACAGGUUACCAGAAGAGAUGCAUCAUGAAUAAUUGGCAAUGGAUAUCUUUCAUUGUUCUAUAUUUCUAAUUGGUUUGAUAUUAGAAAUAUUUUCUUCGUAUACAGAUGGAAAUUAUGGUAAACCAUUCAUUCACUCUUCUGAGAAAUUCAACAAUAACAGACAAAGAGUUUUUGAAUUUGUACAGCCAGUAUUAUAUCAAAAUGGACAGAGAAGGGAAACUACUCUUGAUCAGACUAAACAUAUAGAGAAAGCAACAGUCAUAUUUGAUGCCUUCAAAAAGCAUUUUGUGAUAGAUAUUCAUUUAAAUAGGUUUUUAUUCACAAAGUCUUAUAUUGAAAAAACCUUUAAUGAAAGAAAUGAGCCUGUGAUAAGAAAACCAACGAAUCAAGUUUUAGAGCAUUGUUACUACCAUGGAACAGUUCGUGGUGUACCACAUUCCAUAGUGUCUUUGAGUUCCUGUAAUGGAAUAAGAGGCCAUAUUACAGAUGAUGAACAGAGUUACUACAUAGAGCCAGCAAGAGGAAGAUAUCAUAAGUUCUAUAUAGAACAGGAUACCAGACCAACUGUAUUUCAUUAUGAAGAUUUCAAAUCCAAACAUUCCAGAUACCUUAGCAAUGCAACAAUUAAUACAUUACACAGAAAGGAAUUCUUACAAAGGUCAAAACGUAGUAUACGAGCACCAGCUGAUAGCAACAGAAAUUCUAAAUAUGUAGAAAUGUACAUCGUUAAUGAUAAUUCUGUUUAUAGACAGCAUAGAGGUGACAAAAAAAAAGUAUUCCAGAGAUCUCAGGAAAUAGCCAAUUAUGUUAGUAAGCUUUACCAGCCUUUGAAUAUUUUCAUUGCUUUAGUUGGAGUAGAAAUCUGGACAGUAGCUAAUAAAAUUGUUGUAUCAAACUUAGCUAAUACUACACUGGAUAACUUCCUUAGUUAUCGAAGACAGGCUAUCAAUCCACAUCAUCCAAACGAUAAUGCACAGCUCAUCACGGGAAUUUUAUUUCAAGAUUCAAUAGUAGGCAAGGCCAUUAAGAUGUCAAUUUGUACCUUCCAGUAUUCUGCUGGUGUUGCAAUGGAUGCCACCAGUACCACUCAGGUAGCCACAACUGUGGCCCAUGAAUUAGGACAUAACUUUGGUAUGGAACAUGAUAAUUAUUCAGUUUGUCUUUGUCCAGACCAGAAAUGUAUCAUGGCAACUACAGGAGGAGGAAGCAAAACACCAACAAAAUGGUCCUCAUGUUCACAGACAGUAUUAAAUGAUAAUUUUGAGAUUGGUUUAGACUACUGUCUGAAGAAUAUUCCAGAACAGUUGUUUAAUGCUCCCUAUUGUGGAAAUGGAUUUGUUGAGGAGGGAGAAGAAUGUGAUUGUGGAUUACCUCAGAUAUGCGACAGUAAGUGUUGUAAUGCAUCGUCAUGUAAGUUGUUAAGUCACGCUAGAUGUGCUACAGGCAGAUGUUGUGACUUAAAUAAUUGUCAGCCAAAGUCUGCAGCAACUCUUUGUCGAUUAUCACCAGGUGAAUGUGAUUUGCCAGAGUUCUGUGAUGGGGAAACAGAAUAUUGUCCGUCAGAUGUGCACAUCAUGAAUGGUAUGCCAUGCAGUGGAGGACAGUCAUACUGUUACAAUGGAACUUGUACAACACCUACAGGUCAAUGUAAACUGUUAUGGGGGUCUACAGGAAGAGUAUCAGAUCCAAUCUGUUUUAAAAUGUUAAAUAUCAAUGGUAGCAAGUAUGGUAACUGUGGUUAUAACUGGAUAACUAGGAGAUAUGAAAGGUGUGACAAGGAGGAUGUUGACUGUGGUUUAUUACACUGUGUACAUCUAAAUGAGAAGUUGAUGUUUUGGAGUGAACAGAUAUCGCAUGCAACCCCUGCUACCUUUCUCACCAAGGGAGAUAAAAAAUAUGUUUGUCGAUCAGCCAUCAUGGAUGUUGGUUUAGAUAUGCCUGAUCCUGGACAAGUUCCAGAUGGGUCUAAAUGUGGUGAUCAUAAGAUUUGUUUGAAGAAGAAAUGUGUUCCUUUGAGUUUAGUAAGCACACCAACCUGUCCAAAUUGUCAUGGUAAUGGAGUUUGUAAUACAAUGGGACAGUGUCAUUGUAAUGAGGGCUUUGCUCCACCAUACUGUGAUGAGCCAGGCCAUGGUGGUAGUUUACACAGUGGACCAGUCAAAAUACAAAAGGUGAACAGUUUGAUGAUUGGAUUACUGGUAUUUUUCUUAGUUAUUUGUCCAUUAGUGAUUAUUGCUGUAGCUGUCAUCAACAGACAGAAGUUAUAUUAUUGUUGGAACAAACAAGUCGCUGUUAUAUUAUACAGGGUUCCAAAGUUUAAAAGAAAGCCCAAAGGUCCAAAGAAGAAUUUCUCAGAUGGUGCCUCUGGUGAACCAGUUGAGACUACUACACGAUUUAGAAAUGGUGGUGGGGUAGAUAUUUCUGGACCUUUACUUACUGAAAAAACUCAGGACAGACCAGUACCAAAGAAGAAGCCAUUUAUAGAAUUUAGAGCCAUGAAACCAUCUUCAAAACCAAAACCUCCACCAAAAGUUAAAAGUGAGGCACUAUUGUCUGAUUCUGAACCAGAUGUACAUAGGAAACUUCCAAGUGCUCCUGAUCUUCUAAAACAUGAUCCAAUAGUCAAGAAAGAUUCUUUCAAUAAGGAAAUUUCAAAACCAGUUUUAAUUAGUACAACUGACAGACGUUCAAAAGCCUUUGUGAGAGAAUCUAGUAAUGAAAAGUUGAAAGAUGCAAACAAAAAUAAUCUCUCCCCACCUGUGCCUCCCCAUGCAGCACUAAAACCUUCACAUUCAGAUCCUCCAUUGAGGCCACCACCAAGACCAACAUCCAUGCCACCACCAUCGGACAAUGAUAAAAAAGAUAAAAAAAGUCCAAGAAAGUCAAUUGUAGAAGCUGCACAAAAAUCUCCACAAAGACCACCUCCACCAAGAAGUAAUUUUAGUACUGCAUCCUUUAAUUUAGGUAAUGAUCAAUUUGAUCCAAAUAAAAGAAAAAAAGAGAAAGAUAAACCAGAAACUUCUGCACCUCCAGCAAUCACGAAGUUUAAACCAGAAAAGAAAACUUCUACCAAUGCUGCAAAAACUUUCAUGGAACUAAAGAAAACAGACAAUGCAGCUGAGGCUAAAAAGCCCUUAAAAGUGCCAUCAGAGUUAAAAGAUAAAUUAAGUAGACCUGUAUUAAAGCCAAGGGAUAAACUUAGUAUAUCAAAACCUGUGGAUAAACCUAGCUCAUCAAAAACUGGGGAUAAACCUAGUUCAUCAAAAGUUGGGGAUAAAAAGAGUUCAUCAUCAUCUGGACAUAAAUUAGUUUCAUCCAGAGGUCAGUCAAAAUCUGAGGAAGACACUGAUAAGCCCAGUGUAGCAGCCAUGAAAGCUAUGUUUGAUCAAAAUGACAGUCCAAAAAUGUCUGGUCAAGGAACAGGAAACAGGCUACGCACUUGUCCCAAGCCAGGUUCUAAAGUCAGAAGUGUGAAUGUGUGAAUAUAUGCUAAACUGUAUUGUAUCUAGCCUUCAUGUGUUAUAAAAUAUGAUAAGUUUUUGGGGAAAAUCAACUUUAAACAUAUCAUACAUAACAUAGCAUAACAUGGCAUAACAUAGCAUAGCAUAACAUAACAUAGACUAAUGAGCAUGAAAGUCACUUUUACUGUGCAAUUUUGAAAUUUAGAAAAUGGAAAUAAAAAAUGAUUAAAUAAUUAGAGAAAAAUGUUUGACUAAAAAAAAGUUCAGAAUUUAAGGACCAAAAAUGAAAGCUAUAAAUUAAAAAUUUUGCUCAUGUUGUUAAGGGUAAAAUAAUACCAUUUUUACUUAUUUAUUUCUCUCUGGAUGCCCAAUUUUUAUGUUUUAGUGUUACUGAGGAAGGUUAUUACAGAAAUUGGCAUUUAAUGCAUUGAAAAAAACCCAGAACAUUUCAUUUUGAAUAAAUAUUCCAUAUUCUUGGGACAUUUUUUAAGAAAGCUGCUUUGGAUUUACUUUGUGAAAUCAACAGUUUGUUUUUCAUUGUAAUUGUCUAGCAGUGACCCAAGAGAUGACUGUCAUGCCUGGUGUCUGUAACAAGCAUGAAGAAAGGUGCUUCAAAUUAAAUUUCUUCUGAAAAAUUUCAUUUACUGCAAGUAUUAUGUGUUGCGAAAGAUAUCAACAUUUGAAAACAUUAAUGCUGUAACAUGUUUGAAACUUAUGUCUAUGAUUCAAAGCUGUGAUAUGUUUUGAUCAAUUCAAAUAUUAAAACUUUUCAAUUGAGAAAUAUUUCAGUAAUCUCAGGUAUCACUAAGGCAUUUAAAACACUUCAUUUUUUCUCUUCAUGAAAAGAAGAAACACACUUAUUGGAUAAAAGUUUAAUAUUGCAGUUUUUGCCCCAUUUUUAUCUUUGAAUUAUAGUUUUUCAUCACAUCUUUUUAUAAACGCAAGGUUCCAAUAUUUAUGUGUUAUGUUUUACAUUGAUUUUAAAAGAUGAUUUAAUUUAAUCAAAUUUGUAAAAUGUUUCAUUUUAUUUUUUCAAGGAAUCUCUAUUGGUGCAAUAUUUGAUAGCUUAUUUUAUUUUAUUUAAACAUAUUAUAUUAAUUUUAAUUGAAAUUAAUUAUUUUGUCAUUGAAAUUUUGAUUUUGAUUUAUAUAAAUUUCCUGUUACUAUGUAAUAAUGAAUUGCCAAUAGUCCUUUCUUCUAUUUGAUAUUUUUACUAAAAUCAGAUUGAAAUAUUAAAAUAUUCAUGUAGUACUGUAUUAAUUAUUAAUAAUUAAAAAUUGAUAUCUCAUUCAUCUCUCAUUUUCUGAUUCUUUCCAUGUUGUAUGUUUUUUUAAAGAUAUACCUCACAUACUAUUUAACUGCAAAAACAAUGAUUUUUAGUCUUCCAAUUGAAAAAAAAAAAGAAUCAAAGACAAAAUAACUUAAAAUAAUUACAUUUCCUUUUUACCUCAAUGCCACUAGUUAUUUAGUAAACAACAAUCAUUCAGUGUUCUUACAAAUUAAUAGAUUCGAUUCUCAAAAAUUACACUAUUUUCUUAAUUAUUGGUGUUUUUUAAAGGAAGAAACUGUCAUAUAAAUAGCAAAAACGUAUUGAUUUUUAUUCAAGUGUGGUCUGUUAGAUUUUUCUACUUCAGUUUUCACGAUCACAAUGUAUGUUUAAAUGAGCAUUGAUUUCAUGUUACCAAAUUUGUGAAUAUUGUUCAUAUAUAUUUUGAUUGUUUUAUUCUUGCCAUAAAAUAUAAGAAUCCUUUAGGACUGUUUAGUAGUGUUCCUCAGAAUUAGGAAGAACACCUGAUGUCAUGAGGAGCAAAGUGUGCCAUUUUAUCACUUUUAUUUUUCAAAAUUCUUUUACCAUAUUGAAAAUCUGUCUCGAGAAGAAUCACAUUGUUAUUCAUUUAUUUUUGCAUCUACAGUAUUUUAUUUGUUUAAAGAAAUUGUAUCAUUUCUGUUAAAACUCCAAUACAUAUAAUCGUGCAUGUUUAAUAAUUUUUAGGGGUCACACCAAGAAAUUUUUAACUAUUCAGAAAAUUUCAAUCAUUUGCCAGGUCAUCAAAUAAAACAUUAGUUCAUUAUAUGAUCUAUUUUCAACCCUUUUCUAUUACUUAUAUUACUUUUCCUGUGUAAAGUUAGAAAUUUUCUGGCAAAAUUGUCAACUCUCAAGAUAUUGAUAGGAGCCUCCAAAUACUUAUUUUUUAAUUUGGAAAUAUUCUGUAGUACCAUCCCUUGGCAGGGAUUUCAAACCUCCUGCUUAAGAGAAAAUAUCUUCCUAUAGCCCUUUCCAGAAACUCCAAAUGGGAAUCAUGAAUUUUACUCUAAAAUAUAAAGCAUUUCCCUUGUUGUGCAGUUGAACUGCAAUGUACAAUGCAGCUCAAUGAUGAGUCAGCAAUUAACUAUUUUAAAUCCCUGUUGAUUUAAAGAUAGUAUUUGGUCUAUAUAAAUUUAAAAAUAAUUAAUGAUAUUUUGCCUUCCAACAUAUUUGUAAUCAAACUUGAUAAUAAAAAUUGGAAUGUUUGUAAAUUAAAGUUACACAUAGUUUUCUAUUUACCAUUUGACAUUGUUCUGCUCUGCAAUACACAAUAUAGAGUUCUCACACUUCCUAAUAUGUUGUUUUAGCUAGAUUUUUCAUUAGUUAUUUAUUAAUAUAAAUUUUGAAAGUACAAAUUUCUUUCACAUAAAAAAUUGAACUGCAAAUACUGAUAAUUUACUAGUAAGCUCACUAUCUUUAUCUGUACAUGUGUAAAAUUUGAAAGUAAAACCAAUCAAUCAAUAACUCAAUGAGCAAAUAUCAUUAUAAAGAUUAAAAAAGCAUUGAAGUAACAUUUUAUCAAGGUGAAACAAUAUUGAUUUUUAAUAUUUAAGACUCAUCAUUUAUAACUUUUAUCAAUAAGCUUAUAAAGCCAAAAAGAAACAAAUUUUGUACUUGUUAACUUUAAUUUUAUAGAUAAAAGAUAGAAUGAAAUUGUUUUACCAUACCAGAAUUUGCUGUUCAAAAGAAGAUUUAAAUCAUGAGCCUUUGGUGAUAAACCUAACUUUUAAUUGCCAUUCAUAUAUUAUAAGAAUUUUCCUCACAAAGUUUCUUUUCAACAAUAUUUAAGAUAAACUGUAAAUUUCUAACUGUAAGUGAUAUUCGAUCAAGAGACUUCAUUCAUGGGGACAUAAGAGCAAUAUAUUCUAAAUUGAAGUUUUACUUAUUUGUCGUAUGUACUUGUAUCUUAAAGAAGUAACACAUCAUGCAGUGUUUAUCCUGAGUGUUUUCCAUGUUUCUUAUUUAUAUUGACUUUUCACAAUGGAGGUUUUAAUGCUCAUAAUACAACUAUAAAUUUUCUUAUUUUUAAAAGAAUAAUAGGAGAAAAGGUUUUAUUUCCUAGUUCAGUUCAUUGUGUAUGACAAUUUUCUUGUAGAGAAUGUUUUAUCUAUAUUCACUUUUAUUGUUUAAUAUAUAUAUUUUUAUUUUGACAAUGAAACUAUUUAUGUUUGAUUACUUAAAAAGAAAAGAUUGAUUGUGUAAAGAGACAAUGAUAGAUUACACGUAAAUAUCCAUGUUAUUCUUUUCAUUUAUUGUGCUUCUAUUGUUUACUAUGCAUUACUUGCUUCCAAACAUAUCCUGGUGAAUAUGUUAAAUUUUUUAGUUGUAUGCAUAUAUCAAAUCUACAUAUUUAUUUAAAUAAAACAUAUUUGAUCAUCUU